CUGUGCAUUCUCCAGUGCCAGAGACUCACCGCGGGUAUCAAGCCCGUCUCCGGCACAUGUAUUGGCAGCAUGCAGACGAGACAGCCGGAGCUGUUUGUCGCUCUCUCAAUAACUUGGUCAUUUGCGACAUUGACUCUAGUCCUACGGCUGUUAUGCCGGAGGAUUACGAAGAAUCGGCUGUGGUGGGAUGAUUACUUCGCAAUUAUCGCAUAUCUACUCAAUGUAGGCGUUUCUGCUGCAAUUAUCAAAUGGACCAGUGACGGCUUCGGUCUACAUGUGAAAGACAUCGGCCGACCUGAACAAGAAAUCCUUCGUAAUGCAAGGCUGGAUCUGUUCAUCUUGGAAAUGUUCUACAUACCCUCGCUCAGUUUCUCUAAGCUUGCUGUACUUGCAUUCUACUGGAGAAUCUUCAACAGCGUCAGAAGUGCCAAGGUUUCGAUCAUCGUGCUCGCAGUCAUAGCGAUCUUGUGGCUAGCAACACGGUACAUACACCUACUUGCCGACAUUGCUCUUCUUAUUAUCCCCGCCCUACAAGUGCAGAAAUUGCGAUUGAAUCGAAGUAAGAAGUUCGGCCUCACAGCCCUUUUUAUGUUUGGGAUUUUUGUCUGUGCGGCCACGAUCUCAGUUAUUGUGUACUCGACCAGAUAUGAUCCUAGCAUCAGCACCGAGUUCUCAUGGAGCGUGGCCAGCAUCUUCAUUUGGACAAUCGCUGAAGUUAACUUGGCCAUCGCAUCAGCCUGUCUCCCUCUCUUGCGCCCCCUUUUCAAGUCAAUUGUCGGAGACUCUGCCUCAAAGUCAAGGGCGCCACCUAGAUUGCCGACACUACCUGGCUACCGAAGGAAGGAUCUGAACCAGAACAGACAGCUAGAGAGAGUCUCGACACGGACCUUGCGGAAAGCAAAUGUUUGGGCACGCUUCAAAAGAGCACGGAAGGGCCCAAAGCCCGAUGAGAUAGAGAUGAGGGCCCCUCGGCCAGAUGGACAAGGGCGGCCAGGUUUGUUCGACGGCACACCCGGGUCGGAGGUGGCUGCAACCACACAAGAGCCCUCCACAUGCCAUGAUUACUCGACAUCAGCGAUAGUGGUAAAGACCCCGGUCAGGUCUCACUGCAAACUCUUCUCGGCAUCACCCACCAGCACCUGGAAACUCAAAAGUCACGGCAUCCAGUUUCUUCUUGUCUCGGUACCCUUUGGUCGGACCGAUCGUGCAAUUGAUACCCCAAACCAUUCAAUACCGCAACACACGACAAAGGUCGAAAACCUCCUCAAGCCUUCCAUUAACACGUACUACGAGCCCCAGCGCCAAAAGGUUUCGCACACUACUGCCCUAGAGUCUUGUGAAUUUCUGAACUCUCGAGUCUCCACACCAGCGUCCACGAUGCUGUUUACAUUUCUCCUUGGCCUGCUCCAUCUAUGGGCGGGCGUUUGCGAUGCUGACGUAUCCAUGGACGAUUUCAACCCGGUCCCAUUCAUCUACAGCAAUGACUACCUCGCGGCCAAUUCGAGCGACAACAAAGUUAUCAUCGCCAUUGCGAAGAAGGGACAGUGCAUGAGCUACUUCGGAUUCGCAAACGCUACCCUGGAAGGCCUGGCCUCUUGCGAACUGUUUUGCAAUCCCCCUCAAUACAACACUUGGGACUGUAUUGCUGGUGACCUGCAAGAAGAUGACUGGAGCAAUGUCUUCACCGACGAACACCUAUUCGAGUGGACCCCCGGCACCUGCAAAUGUUGGAACUCCUCUGAACCAACACCCUCAGUUGAAGGGGACUUUCCUGCGAGCCCAGCCAAAGAUCUAGCAGCCGCUGAAGCGACGAAAGAGGUCCGGGACCUUUCAACUUACGGGUACAGCGUGACUCCGUAUAGCAACAACCCCGAGGAUAUGGCUGACUGGAACUUCUGGUCCAUCGACUUUCCCAACGCCAGGGUAACAAGUGGCUGUUCUUGCAUCGGGAUUUUCGGAGUCCCAAAAGACAACAACGAUCGCCACGUUAUGCGCAUAUACGAAAUCUGGGCUGGGCGCGAUGAGCGUGACCCUACUCAGAAAGCAUUCAUGCAUGACGACGUCAUCGGUUUCUGGAGGCUCAAUCCGUUGAACAGGAACCUUGACGAUCUCAAAGAACUCGUUUUCAACACAGUUAUCGAGCAAACACUCAACGAUAUGGUCAUUCGCGUAUACCGGAUGGUGGGAGCUGACUUGAUGCAACCGCUCGGGAUCUUUCGAGAUGGGCAGACCAAUGGAGAGCAGCAGGCUUUCCAGCUAAUCCUCACUCAGUCCAAGUUCGGCAGGAGAAUGCAGCAGGCGAUAGACGAGUUCGAGGAGUUCAAGAACCGGAGAAUCGAGGCCUUUUACUUCACAGAUGCCGACGAAGGGUUUGACUUUAUCAUCUAUUUUGAUGGAUUUGCUCUUUCGAAAUGGCAAUUCCAGACUCGGGCGGUGAUUCCGCGGGCAUGGCAGACAGGCACAUUGUGGGCUCAAUCUGAGCAAGUUGAGAAAACGAUGACCUCGAAGAUUCGCCUGGUUGACACUUGA